UAUGGAUUAAGUUAAGCCAAAAGUAUUUUUUGUUUUAGGAGGUAUAUUCUUAUCCAUCCAUCAAUAUAGGACCUGGAGCAGGAAAGGGUACAUAAAGUGCAAAAAUGGUAGAGAAGUAUCAUUUUGUUCACUUAUCUGCAGGGGACUUGUUAAGGGAGGAGGUAUAUAAUUAAAUAUGUUUUAAGAGAUCUAAAAAAACACAAAAUGCUGAAUUGAUUGAGGAAAUCAUUUAGAGUGGGUAAAUUGUCCCAGUAACUAUGAUACAUAAAUUUCUAGAGUCACAUAACAAUAGGUUUAUUAGAAUCGGCCAUGCAAGCUAAAGGUCUAGAUAAAAUGUUUUUAAUUGAUGGAUUCCCCAGAAAUUAAGAGAAUUUUGAUGUUUGGAUUAAAUUGAUGGGUGAUAAAGUGGAAUUUAAAAAAUUAUUUUAUUUUGAAUGUGAUGAGGAGACCUUAAAAAAUAGAAUAAAAAUUAGAGCAUAAGAAAGUGGAAGAUCAGAUGAUAAUGAUGAAACACUAAUUAAAAGAUUGAAAACAUACAAUGAAUCUACAAGACCAAUUAUAAGUAUACAUUUAUUAUAAAUCUCAUUAGAAUAUUUUGAUUCCCUUUCCUAAUGUAUUCAUAUAAAGGCAGAUAAAACUGUUGAUGAAGUAUUUCAAGAAAUUACAAAGAAGUUAGAUGAAAUCUUAUGA